CCCAUUAACACGCAUAUCUAUACAGGCUGUACUUCAGAUUCCCCUCCGUUCUCGGGAGACCGGGCACGGAUACAUUCAGAUAGUCCGUUACAUACUGAAAAGAGGCCCCGCAAAGAGAUAUUUGCGAUGUCCUAAACUGUAAUUCGGGUACUGCAUCAAACUUGGAACAAAGUUGCGAAGAGUUGCAACGUGGAGUGGGCAGCAGCCGCGCAUGUGCAGGAGCGGUUGGAGGCUGAGGGCCCGCGGCGCCAUGUUGGUGAGGUAGAGGCUGUCCAUUGGACUUGUCAACCCUGCAGUCUCUGGAUGGAUUAGGAGUCGCCGUCGGCUCUCCAGCCACCGCUGAGUUACCCGUUGUGAAAGCUAAAGAAUAAAAAAAAAGCAAGAGAAAGCAGUCUUAAAGACAGAUUAAGUCCCCCCCACGUCCCAGUCCCUCGCUGCAGAGGCCUCAUCCUGCCCAGCCAGGGCCAUGUUGUCCACAUUCGACGCCAUCGCGGACCUAGAGCCGCGGCCUUUGAAAAGCGCCAACUUAAGGGGCAAAUACAAUGCCCGCAGGAAGAGAGAGUUCAUGCCCGAGGAGAAAAAGGACGCCUCUUACUGGGAAAAGCGGCGCAAAAACAACGAGGCGGCCAAACGGUCGCGCGAGAAGCGACGCUUCAACGACCUUGUGCUGGAGAGCAAAAUGCUGGCCCUCAACGAGGAGAACGCCUGCCUCCGGGCCGAGCUACUCACCUUGAAGAUGAGGUACGGCCUCAUCAGCUCCGCAGCCUACGCCCAGGAAGCCCAGAUCCUGCAAGGCUGCAUGCAGAAAUACUUCGCAAGGCACAGAGCGUUAGAGAUGGACUCUCACUUUCUGGAAGUGGACAGCCCAUUUCUGAGGGAUAGCUGUUGCCACAGUCACACAACAUAUACCUCAGAAAGUGUGUCUGUCAAUCCUGUUGAUUCCAGUUCACAACUUACAGGAGCUAGCCCACUCCAUAUGAAGUGCACUAGCCCUGCUUCGGUUAGAGUGCAGAAGCAAAACCCUGUAGAUUUUUCUACGGAUGAGUCCAUAGUACAUAAUUCGUCGUUGAAUCAAUCAAUAUAUUCCAGAUACUCACAUACAUUCAGUGAAGCAUAUCCCUAUCACAGACCUUCAAAUACUUCCUCAAAUGUAACAGAGGCAGACCCUAAAAACAGUAAAAGAGAGUCAGAAGAUGACGCGGAAGACGAACAACAGGUACCUAAAAUGCAUCAUUUUUCUCCUGUCGGUAGUUGCGGAUAUGAAUUCUCUACAACGCCCAAAGCAAAUAGUUCUGCCCUUCCUCACAAACUGAGAAUUAAGGCAAAAUCAAUGAUUGCAAAAGAAGAAAAGGAUGAUGCAGAAUUUGAUCUUGAGAUGCCAUGGAAGGACGAACCCCGCCUCGCAAAGGCUAGAAGUGCCUCAUUGACAGAGAUUAGGGACAUUAAUGUGCGUUUCUGUGGAGGUAUUUGCAAUUACAAAGCAGCAUUUAGACCUUUUAUUCCGUUAUCGAUUUGCCAUUCAGUUUAAUUGAAGAAUCUAUUAAUCAUCAUCAUACAUUGAGCAGAGUUUGUUUAAUAUUUCUUAAUUCUGUUUUCUUGACUUUUUAAAAUUAAUCAGAAACAGUGCAAUCUCAAAGUUGAAGUUUUUUUUAAGGCUGAGUAGUCUGCUCCUCCUAUUUCAGCUUCCAAAGUUUUUAAACAUUUUGAUAGUGCUG